AUGGACCCAGCCAGCAGAGCGCUGGCCCAGGCUUUGCCGGCAGGUGUAGCUGAUACUUAUGCUAACCGAUCAGAAUAUGGCAACGCUCCUCUCUCUACGAGCCAGCAGUACCUGACUCGAGAUGAGGAGAAGGCCCUCGUGAGGUUCUUGCUGCUAAAGUCUAGCCUUGGGCAGCCCGUGCGGAUCAAGUUUGUACGCUCGCUAGCCUUCAGUAUAGCUCGCCAACGAUUACCCACGAACAGGCCCAGCAAGCCGCCGGGCAAGAACUGGCCUCGAGCCUUCGAGAAGCGGAAUACCCAGCUCCAGGCGAAGAAAGUCCGAUCGAUCGACUGGAAGCGCCAUGGUAACAAUAUACACGAGAAGGUU